AUGGCCCCCCAGAAGAAAGUCGCCCGCGCUCCCCAGGAGAACAUCUCCCUCGGUCCUUCCGUCCGCGAUGGCGAGCUCGUCUUUGGCGUUGCCCGCAUCUUCGCCUCCUUCAACGAUACGUUCGUCCACAUCACUGAUCUCAGUGGUCGCGAAACCAUCACCCGUGUCACCGGCGGAAUGAAGGUCAAGGCCGACCGUGACGAGUCCUCCCCCUACGCCGCCAUGUUGGCCGCCCAGGACGUCGCCGCCCGCUGCAAGGAGCUCGGCAUCAACGCCCUGCACAUCAAGAUCCGCGCCACCGGCGGCAACGCCACCAAGACCCCCGGUCCCGGCGCCCAGUCGGCCCUCCGCGCCCUCGCCCGCGCCGGCAUGAAGAUUGGCCGCAUCGAGGACGUCACCCCGACUCCCUCUGACUCUACCCGCAGAAAGGGUGGUCGCCGUGGUCGUCGUCUCUAG